GUGUUUGAUCAAUUUCACGUCUGGCAUGGCCAAACCGCCCUUAAAAUCAUCAUGAUUUCAAUAUCGAAAACCAUGAUUUGAUGUUGCCCGUCCAAACCCUAAUUUCCAAACCAAUCCGAGGAAGGCGAAACAGCCGUAGUCCGUACAAGGCUUGUUUGUGCCUUCAAAUCUCCGAUUGUAAGCUUCAUCCAUAGUCCCUCACCCCCUUGAUUUAGCCGCAAUGGAAUCUUUGUUUGCAAACUAUGCUUCUUCAGAUGAAGAGGAAGAUUCAGAGAAACAACAAGUAGAGCGCUCCAAUUCUGAAAAACUUUUCUCAUCUCUUCCUCCCCCAAUAUCAACUUCUUCUUCUUCUUCUUCUUCCCUUUUCCUUUCACUUCCCCCACCAAAACCCCAAUCAAUUACUUCACCCAACUUAACCACUUCCGCAUCUUUAAACCACCCUCUUAACAAACAAGAGUUUGAUGAAGAUUUGCCGUCCGAUAAAUCGUCGUCGUUUCUCUCUUCCCUUCCUCAACCUAAGUCCACAUUUUCUUCUUCGCUUUUCUCUGUCCUUCCACCUCCAAAAACCACCAAGCCAGAUCCUCCACUCCUCCUCAAUUCCUUGUCUUCAUCAGAUCCUAAACCCAAAAGGGUUGUUCAAUUUAAGCCCCCUGUCAACCCUUUUUCUGUCAUGUCUAAUGGUGUGGAUGAAGACGACGAUGAGGAUGAGGAUGAAAAGGAAAAACAAAGAAAAAGGUCUCAAUCUUUUGCUCAAACACCUUCAGUUAAAUCAUUUUUGUCCAGCAUUCCUGCUCCAAAGAACUCCACCACUUUGGGCGUUUUGGGUUUGGGCUCCGGAAGAAGAUCAACCAUUGAAGCAGAUGUCCCUGUUCCUAAUCCAGCUAGCUCGAAUUCACAGAAUGAAGUUCUAGUUAAUUUCAAUACAGAGUACAGUGAGAACCAGCAGGUUGAUGUGUCGUUUGAGAGUUCAAUGGGAGGUUUUGAUGCUCCCCCAGAACACAAUGCUGUUGCAGGUGUUACAGGUGAUUGCACAAAUUGGAAUGCACAGGGAUAUGUAAACCAUGAAGGGUAUGCUGGCUAUGGUAAUGAUGGGGCUAGUGAUUAUUCUCAUGCGGCUCCAUCAAAUGUGAAUUAUGUUGACUAUGACAGUAAUUAUGGCACUUACACUGGUUAUGAGCAAUAUGGUCAUAAUUGGACUGAUGGGUCUAGUGCAACAGAAGCAUCAACAAUUACUGAUACGGCUGAAGUUGCAUUUAGAUUGCCUGGGAAGAGAGGCAGGAGUGAUGCUCCACAGAAAAUUGUUGAGGUGAACCAGGAUGAGUUGAUGAAGAAUCGGCCAAGGGAAGACCAAACCAGGCUCACUGGGAUUGCCUUUGGGCCAUCUUACCAGCCUGUUUCGAGCAAGGGAAAGCCUUCUAAGCUGCUCAAGAGAAAGCAUCAAAUUAGUACUUUAUACUUUGAUAUGAAACAAAAAGAAAUGGAGCUGGCAGAACGACGUGCCAAGGGGAUGCUGACAAAAGCUCAAACUCAGGGAAAGUAUGGUUGGUGAUAUUAAUGUGACAGUUUUAUGGUCGCCGAGGACACGGAACUUCCCUUUGGUAAUCAAAUUUUAAAUGUCGUCUAUAGUCCUUUUGGUAGCUUUGAAAACAUUGUAGUGCAAUAUUUCUGCAAUUUCCUAGUAAUAAUUAGUGUGAAUUCUAUAGGUUCCUUGAAACGAUAUACUGUACAAUGAAGGCAAAUUGAUGAUUA